CUGGCAGCGGCGAGAGCGGCACGAGACCAGGAACUAACUGGGCUGAGCGGAAACAAGGGGACUGUGGUGACGGGCUAUGGCCCGAUGUGGGGUAAUGUCCAGAAGCCACCCCGCUAUGAUACUGAGGGGAGACCGGUAAGCAACGGUAAAGCC